AAAUUUUGGCCCAGGAAAAACAAAAAGUUGCAUGGUCGACGGGAAGACAACGCAAGGGUUAGGUCCCUUUUUUUUCAUAUUUUGGAAUUUGAUAACUGGUUGGAAAUUAGUCGUACUUACUUUUUAUAUUCAACAUUUAUCACAACAAAGAAUUAACAUCACCAGUAUGGCUAAGCGAUUUCAAUAAACCCCAACACUAAAUGUGAUCAUUUUAAGUUUAGCACUCCAGACGCGCCUCGACCGCAAAUGCACCGCCAGCGUCACGCUCACGUGCCGACUGCGUUGAUGCGACACUGAAGCAAAUUGUCUAUACUGGUUCCAGCUGGGGUGUGUGUGAAUUUCAAAGCCUCAGCAGCAAGGACAGGGAAGUGUUGGCGAUCGGAGCGGCGUCGUGUAGUGGCGGUAAUUGUACCGUGUAGGUUCGGGUUUGUUCAUGAAUAAACACCGCAGCGCCUCGGUAACCAAGAAGAUCCCGUGUCUUGCUUCCCAGCUGCUGGGCGAAAGUAGAGCGAGAGUCUGUGGGAUUAAAAAGCAGAGCAGAGUGUGCUGCUCUCUGGCUCUGUGCAGAGACGCGGCACCUCUGCUCUGCCUGGGAUGCAAAAUGUAGAUUAAUAUAUUUAUUAAGGCUUUUUUUAUUGGACAUCAACCUUUUGUUUACACGUAUAUAUUGUUGAAAAAUAAAGUGCAAAUAAACACUUCUAUUCGCGUUUACGCCCGUGAGGCGGGGCUAAAUACAGACAGGCAGCACAGAUUGAAAUGAGAGCGUAUCUGUUGGGGUUAGGGUGAGACUUGUGAGGGGGAAAAAGGCGUCUGAAACGCGUGCUGGUCUGGACAUGGGGUAAUGCUGCGAGGAGAUGCCGCUUACAUUGAAGAGAGCCGGUUUGGGCUACAGAUGUGCAUUUGGUUUUUUGAAAGAUGUUUCUGUAAAUUCACAAGUGAAAACAAAAUCUCUUCUGUACUCAUGGUCUGGAAUUGUAUUAAUCGUGUACUGUGUGUUAAGCUGCCAGGAGUCAGACACCCCAGACACCCCAGAAGGUAAAGUUAAUAAUAAAGGGAUAUCUGAGUCUGAGCAGUUUCUGAAGGGGACGUCACAGAUCAAGAUCCUUUGUCCUGAGGACAUUGAAGCCAUGAGAGUAGUGAGCAAGCUAGCACGGGAAGUCCUGGACAUUGCAGCCGUAUUGGUGAAACCAGGUGCUACAACAGAAGAAAUCGACCAUGCUGUGCAUCUGGCUUGUAUUGCAAGGAACUGCUACCCCUCCCCCCUCAACUACUACAACUUCCCCAAAUCCUGCUGCACGUCUGUCAAUGAAGUCAUCUGCCAUGGCAUCCCAGACAGAAGACCAUUACAAGAAGGAGAUAUCCUCAAUGUUGACAUUACCGUCUACCACAACGGUUUCCAUGGUGACCUCAACGAGACCUUCUAUAUCGGCGAAGUAGAUGAAGAAGCAAAGAAACUGGUUCAGACCACGUAUGAAUGCCUUAUGCAAGCCAUCGACUCCGUGAAGCCUGGCAUUCGCUACAGAGAAUUAGGUAACAUCAUUCAGAAGCACGCUCAGGCCAACGGCUUCUCGGUGGUGCGUAGCUACUGUGGUCAUGGUAUCCAUAGACUUUUCCACACUGCUCCCAAUGUGCCACAUUAUGCCAAAAAUAAAGCAGUUGGAGUUAUGAAGCCUGGCCACGUGUUUACCAUUGAGCCCAUGAUAUGUGAAGGUGGCUGGCAAGACGAGACGUGGCCCGAUGGCUGGACGGCGGUGACCAGAGACGGGAAGCGCUCGGCUCAGUUCGAACACACCCUGCUGGUGACGGAGACCGGCUGCGAGAUCCUCACCCGCCGCCUGGAGGACAACGGUCGCGCUCAUUUCCUUAACCAAGUGUAGGCCAGACUUGAACGCAACAAGGACUGGAUUUUCCAGACACGGACGCCCAGCACCUCUGGGCCUCACACAUACGCACACAGUCACUCUCUCUCACACAGACACACACACACACACACAUACACCCCUCAAACAAGAGGCACCACUCCUAGAGCUCAGUUUAACUGUGGCUUUCAUUGUUCUUUGAAUUAAAUAUCGUUUCCUCUAAAUAAAUGGAAGUACUUGAAUGUGUCUUAUAUCAAACGUGGAUCGCUUUAUUAGUGAAAAUUGUAUCCUCUGAAGGAAAUUAUUUAGGAGAUUUGGUUUUGCCUAGCGGCCUGUUUUGAACUCUAGCUCAUGUCACCCAGAGAUUUUACUGGCUGGCUAGUUGUUGUCUGUGGUGUGUGGUGCUCAGGGCAAAUCCAACUGGUACGCUGUGCUUCGUCUGUUUUCUCUCAACCUCUGCUAACGUAAUCAGACUCCAUAUGACUUUCCCAGAGAUGAACUGAAAAGAAUCGGCAAUACUAGAGACAAAGGGAGGAAUCCUGAAAACUGUGGUCAAUGAGUCUCACAACCUUAACAACUAGCAACUCAAAACAUAUUUUAGGUAUAUAAAAAAAAAAAAAACACUAGAUAAUAAUUUAAGUUUAGACUUCAGGCAACAACAAAAAAAACUAUUGUCUAUCAGUUCUUAUGCAACAGAAGCAGAGUUAGGCAUAUAUAAACGAGUAGUUAUAUAUUUUAAGCUAUCCACAUAGUAGCUUUCUUGACCAGAGUUGGAUGAGAAGAUCAAUACCGUUCUCAUAUCUGUCUCUUCAAUAUGUAGCUACAACCAGAGAGUAGUUAGCUUAGAUUAGCAUAAAGACCAGAAGCUGGGGGACACAGCUAGCCUAGUCUUUAUCCUAAGGAAAGCUGAGCUAAGCUAACCUCUCCUUGCUGGCGCUUAAUAUGUGAUGGUCCGAUAUGAGAGUUGUAUUAAUCUUAUCAUCUAACUCUUGUCAAGAAUGCCAAUUUAGCAUAUUUCCAAAAAUGUUUGGAAAAUUUCUGCACUGGUUUUGAAAUAUGUAUUGCUUCAUACCGGCCUGUUGGGCAGUCAUCACGCUACCAAGGCAACCCAUCACGGUCUCAUUUACCUGGUGACGUGUCCAGUAGAAGCGCUCUUAACUCCUUACAUACUAAAUGUGGCUAUUAUUAGUGCACCGACAGUUUUCCAGUUGAUUAUGUCAGCCGUGGUUGCUAGGAGAAUUAUGACGCAACCACAGAGAAAUCUACAGUCAAUAUCCAGAAUGACUAUUUAUGACAUUGAACACCAAAUCGUUCAAGUGCUAAGCUUGUUGAUCCUGCUUUGAGGAAUACUCUUUAAGUGUCCAAUAGCCCUGGUGUAGCAGCCUUAAUAUGUGAGUCUAGGAAUUAAAACAUGCUGGAUAACUCAAAGCACGUUAACUGAUGUUUCCCCUGAUCUCGUCAGUCACCGUUUACCUUGACGGGCGGAUUUUCCUGGUGUGAGCAGCAUUCAUUCUUUCUAUUUGCAGAGGAGUAAUGUGAUCACCGUUUCUCUGCCAUCUUUGUAUUUAUUCUAAUGGAGUAAUAAAUGACUCUUCUGUA